AUGGAAUCUAUGAAAAUUAUUGCCGAUAGUUUAGAAGAUUACUACCUGUGUAAAAAGUGUCAUGAAGUUUUACAAGAAUUCAACGAAUUCAAAACCAAAUGGAACCAAUACCCUAUCAAUGAUUUGGAAUUUCGAGCUAGAUAUCAAUUCAAACAGGUAAACGAUGUAGCAUCAACCAAACAGGAUGGCCGCUCCGAAGAUCAACCAUUGUUGAAUGAAACUGGCACCCAAUUCGAUCGUAGCUCAGAUACAUUGAGAAUUCAACCAUCCAAUAUCAAGAUUGACGACACAUCAAACAAAAUCAGCAAAACCAAACCCACCUAUGUCCGCGAUCGAAGAAAACUGCCAUGCCAUGUGUGCGGUAAGCUAGUUUCGAAUGCUGCCUAUACGGUUCACGUUGCCUUGCACAAUGACAAUACCGAAAGGUUCACUUGUCCGAUUUGCAACCGCUCGUACCGGCAGAACCACAACCUUACGAAGCAUCUCAAUACCCACACCAAAAAAAUUCAAUUACCCUGCCAGGUGGAAAACUGUGGAAAGAUUUUCGAUGUGGCUUCGACACUGAGGAAACAUUCUAUAAUUAUGCACUCGAAUAAGCGGGACCACGAGUGCAACAUUUGCGGUAGGAAAUUUGCCAUAGCCAGUGGACUGAAGGGUCAUAUGCGAACCACGCACUGCACCAAGAAGGUUCACGCGUGUUCCGAGUGUGGCAAAAUGUUCAAGACACCAGGUGAAGUGAAGCUGCAUCAAAAAAUUCACACCAAAAGACAUCCGUAUGAUUGCCCGGAAUGUGGCCAAGCAUUCCCGAAGGCAGCGAUUAUGAAAGAGCACAGAGCAAGUGUACACAAUUUUCCUGAUAUAUCUGUGUUUGAGGAAAGAUAGUAAA